AUGACCGAGCAAGCCGACCAAUCUGUGCCGUUGACGGAGGCAGGCCAGAUUCGCGCAGCCACACCGAUGGCUGCUGAGCCAGAGGAGACCGAGGCCGAGGAGUUUCUCCUCGAUGAUGACACUGAGGCGGCCGAGCCCGACGAGCCGCGAACCAUCGUCGCCACGCAGCUCCCAAACGUCUACUCCUUACCCGAUGACGUGGAGGUGAGCGCGGAGGCGUAUCCGAAGAUCAAUUGGUCGUACGGACCGGUCAAAGUGCUCGGGUACGUGAAUCCCAAGAAAUUCGCGAUUAGGGUCCAAGUGUCCGUCUACGGGGCCAAGCUGCUCAACCUCACCGGGGACUUGAGGCGUGGGAUCUGCGGGAAGAUCAAUAUCAAGUUUGCGAAGGGGUCGAUUUGUUUCUUCCUCAAGAAUGGGAAAGAGGUGUGGGUGAAGUUGGAGUUGAAGGCUACGGUCGGUGGGCACUUCAAGGAGGCGAAACUGUUGACACUUUGA